AGCGGAAUCUGAGUCUGCGCCAUGCUUUGCAGAGGCGUGUCCUGGCUCACACGCUCUUAUUUAGUAACACAGAGGCUUUUACUCGUCCACGAACUUUCGCGGUAGAAACGUGCGCGCGCGAGUUUCACCCCCCGAGGAAGGAAAAACAUCCGAGGGAAGAGGAGACGUACAUAAUACAAUACGGCGAAUCCGUCGUCGUCGAUUCGAGAGAGCGAGAGAUCCUCAGUGGAAAAUGUAACGAUUUCGCAAAGAGGGAAGAGAGAAGAGGAACGGCAAGGGUGGUCGGCGAGAUAUAAGGGAGGAGGAGAGCGGCAAUUUUCUAAUUUCACGGGGAGAGACACGCUUCGCCGCCGGGAAGGGAAAUUUAUGGCGUGAGACGUCAUCGGCGCCUCGGAGACUCGCUUAUUUUUCCUCAAGGAAGAAGUGUAAAGCUUCAGAGUCAGGAUGAUUGGUGCUAUGCCAGCGGUGGCGGUUCGCCACGAGCGUAGAAGACAAGAAAAAAGGCUGAAACGGCCGAGUCAGCUCUAUUUGGGAGGGCAAUGGCUACCACCCCUUCAAGGUUCACCACCCACCCCCAGUCCGCACGGACACAACAAUUUAGAACCCAUGCCCGAGCUCUACUUAUGCGGCAAGAUAUCCGGGCUGCAUGCUGUGGUGGUGUGCCUGUUGUUGGGCGCGGUGGUGCUCGUGGUCGGUCUCGUCCAACUCGCCCCGGGUGCAACGACCACCAACCACAGAUUGGCGUUACUCGUGGCAGGCGCUGCCCUACUUUUACUGGGCUUUAUUCUAGCGGGCGUAAGAUGUUACGUGUUACAUUGCGUACCACUUCCGGUCGAGUCGCCGGCCGCGACGCCUAUUCCGCCGGUCGCGACGACCGAGCAAGCACCCCCAGCCGUACCUAAAGACACCCUGGACCUUCUAGUCGGUCAUCAGAAUCAACCGGAAACGGACGCCCUGAUGCAGCAUCGGGAGCACCAUCACCAUCACCAUCAUCAACAUCACCAUCACAACAAUCAUAAGAAAAAACGUAGUUCUCAGGGCUCGCAUUCCGAAGAGGCCUAAAAUACGCGAAAAGGGGUGUAUUUGUUCGAUGAUUCGACUGAGGGAGGACGAGGGAGAUUUUGAUUCGCGCGGACCGAAAAACAUAAAUAUAUAAAGUGAAGUUUAGCGAAAUUUGAUUUUUGUUCCUUCGGAAGGGGAAGAAGAAUAUCGCCAUUCUUUCGUCUUAAUAAAGUAUAUCUAGAGUUUCCUAGAAUGUGCGGCGCGUCUUCUGCGAAUAAAUCGUAAAAAAAUCGGAGUAACCAUUCAUAACACGUUAAUGUCGAAAUUUAAUAACUUGAUUAUAGGGAUAAGAAUUUUUUCAGCACUCCAACGCACCAAUUAGCAACCUCGAUAACUUCUUCCAGAAAAAAAAGAUCUUGGCGAAUCGGGAAAAAUGUUACUCGAUUGUUACUAACAAUCUCGCAAUGCAACGUCAUGAAGCGACAUGAGAAAUGCGUCUUUUGCAUAUAACAAAGAUCCAUGUACAUUAUCUCUUUUUACACUCGUAUAUAUACAUAUAAUAUAUAUACAGAUAUAUUUAUACUUAAGCGACAUUAACAAAAAAAAGUUUGUGCCUGCGCGCGGAGAAAGCUUCGUUCCAUAUGUCAAAUUGACAAAUUGUUUGCGUUCGCUCGAUAUGCAGCCUUUUGCAUAAUUUCAUCGAGGGCAAAAGGCCGGUAAAAGGGUAAAUCGAUAUCGCUUGUAUAUACGUUACUGCGAUAUCAAUUCCACUCUCUCCCCCUUUUACAAUUAUAUUCGUUUUACAAUUUUUACAAUUUUUACGUACAACGCGUAAUAAAAUAUGUAUUAAGGAUAUAAUUCAAAGUGCAUUUUGAACAACAUGACGUUUUCCGCGAGAAUAAUUCUCGGCGCGCGGAUACACGUUCGUCUAUUUGGGGUCCACUUAAAGUUAUAUCUCGCGUGAAAUUAUAAAAAAAAAACACUAUGCACACAUAUUGACAAUUACACACAGAGAAUAUUUUACACCCUGACGAUCUGAUUUAGUCCUGCGAGAUUCCACUGUACCCUUAUAUUUUUUCUCAUUCAUUUGACAGUCGAUAUAUAAAAGAUAUAAAAGCGCAGACACAUACAUACAUAUACACAUACAUAUACAUGCACACGUACCUAUAUGCACUUACAAUAUAUGCGCACUGUAAUCUAGUAUUAGUGCGGACGAUCGGUUAUAUAAUCGUCUCUAGAACGCGGUCUGUUGCACUAACGCGUGGCAGCUUUAGCUAUCUCUAGAGAUGGAUGUUAGAUAUAUAGAUACCCCUUCUUAUAGAUAUCCGAGUUUCACAGCUGUAAUAUAACGGAGAUAGAUAAUUUUAUCACAUAGAGCGGUAACCGACGUUGGUGCAAUCAGUCCUAAAAAUAAGUAACGCAUCUGUCUUGCGAUGAACUCGCGGCAAAUGUAAACGUAUAUAGUGAGACGCGAACUGUAAAGUAAGUCAUGAAAGUUCGAAGUAAUUCACCUAAUAGCUCGUAUAAGCGAUAUACAACUUUUUUUUAACUUUCCGGCGCCCACAUAUAACGCGUGUUUUAUUUCUCAUAGCAGUAAUAAGGUAACUGUAUCUAAUGCGUGGCUUGUUAAUCUUUUAUAAAUGAAAAGUUCAUACAGGUUCAUAAUAAAAUUAUAAAUAGAUAA